AUGACGCCUGGGGCGCCGCUGCUGCGGCUGCUGGUGGCGACCUCCACGCUAGUGACAGUGGUCACGUCUGAGGCGCCCACGAGGACGCUGUCCCCCGCCACGGGAGGUGCCACCCUGGCCUUCGUCUUCGAUGUCACCGGCUCCAUGUGGGAUGAUCUAAUGCAGGUGAUCGACGGCGCCUCGCGCAUUCUGGAGCGCAGCCUGAGCAGCCGCAGCCGGGUCAUCGCCAACUAUGCGCUGGUGCCUUUCCACGACCCAGAUAUUGGCCCGGUGACCCUCACAGCAGACCCAGUGGUGUUUCAGAGAGAGCUGAGAGAACUCUACGUUCAGGGAGGUGGUGACUGCCCGGAGAUGAGUGUGGGGGCCAUCAAGGCUGCCGUGGAGGUUGCCAACCCUGGCUCCUUCAUCUACGUCUUCUCGGACGCCCGUGCCAAGGACUACCACAAGAAGAACGAGCUCCUGCAGCUCCUGCAGCUGAAGCAGUCGCAGGUGGUCUUCGUGCUGACGGGGGACUGUGGUGACCGCACCCAUCCUGGCUACCUGGCCUACGAGGAGAUCGCUUCCACUAGCUCUGGGCAGGUGUUCCAGCUGGACAAGCAGCAGGUGUCAGAGGUAUUAAAGUGGGUGGAGUCGGCCAUCCAGGCCUCCAAAGUACAUCUGCUGUCUGCAGACCAUGAGGAGGAAGGCGAGCACACGUGGAGAAUCCCUUUUGACCCCAGCCUGAAGGAGGUCACCAUCUCACUGAGCGGGCCAGGGCCUGAGAUCGAAGUCCGGGACCCACUAGGAAGGGUCCUGCAGACGGAUGAAGGUCUCAAUGUUCUCCUCAACAUUCCGGAUUCAGCCAAGGUCGUAGCCUUUAAGCCUGAGCACCCUGGGCUGUGGGCCAUCAAGGUGUACAGCAGUGGCCGCCACUCAGUGAGGAUAACAGGCAUCAGCAACAUCAACUUCCGGGCCGGCUUCUCCAUGCAGCCCUCUCUGGACCUCAACCACACCAUCGAGUGGCCUCUGCAAGGUGUACCCAUCUCUCUGGUGGUCAACUCUACCGGCCUGCAGGCACCUGGUCACCUUGACUCUGUGGAGCUCUCACACAGCUCAGGGAGGUCCCUCCUCACUCUGCCAACACAACUCCUUUCCAAUGAGUCCACCCAUCAGCUGUGGGCUGGGCCACCAUUCCAUGUUCCGAAGGAGCGAUUUUAUCUCAAGGUGAAGGGCAAAGACCAUGAGGGAAAUCCCCUCCUCCGAGUCUCUGGAGUUUCCUACAGUGGGGUGGCCCCAGGUGUGCCACUGGUCAGCAUGGCUCCCAGGAUUCAUGGUUACCUGCAGCAGCCCUUGCUGGUGUCCUGUUCUGUGUACAGCAUCCUCCCCUUCCGGCUGCAGCUGCAGCGAGAUGGAAUGAGGCUGGGCGAGGAGCGGCACUUCCAAGAGUCCGGAAACAGCAGCUGGGAGAUCCCGAGAGCCUCCAAGGCAGAAGAAGGCAUGUACCAGUGCAUAGCAGUCAGCAGAGCUGGGACAGGACGAGCCAGCGCCCAGAUUGUCAUCACAGACCCUCCACCAGAGCUGGUCCCCGGCCCCAAUGUGACAGUGUCCCCGGGGGAGACUGCCAUCCUGACCUGCCAAGUCCUAGAUGAAACUCCUUAUAACUUGACGUGGGUCCGGGACUGGCGAGCCUUACCAGCCACAACAGGCCGCGUCUCCCAGCUACGUGACCUGUCUCUGGAAGUCAGCAACGUCAUCCCUAGUGAUGGUGGACAGUACCAGUGCGUGGCCAGCAAUGAGAACGGGGUCACAAGGGCAUCUACUUGGCUCCUGGUGCGAGAGGCUCCUCAAGUCAGCAUUGACACCAGGUCCCAGCGCUUCUCCCAGGGUGUGGAAGUGAGGGUCAGCUGCUCAGCCUUGGGCUACCCCAUACCCCACAUCUCCUGGAGCCGUGAGGGCCUCACCCUGCCAGAAGACAGCAGAAUCCAUGUGGAUGCCAGAGGAACACUCGUCAUUCGGGGAGUAGCCCCAGAGGAUGCUGGGAACUACAGCUGCCGGGCCACUAAUGAAGUUGGCACAGACGAAGAAACAGUCACCCUGUACUACACAGACCCACCAUCCAUCUCUGCUGUCAACGCCGUGGUUCUCACAGCUGUCGGGGAAGAGGCUGUGCUACUGUGUGCGGCAUCUGGGGUCCCCCCACCCCGGAUCAUCUGGUAUCGAGGGGGUCUGGAAGUGAUUUUGGCUCCUGAGGGCUCCACUUCCGGGAUGCUUCGGAUCCCUGCUGCUCAAGAGAGAGAUGCUGGCCUCUACACCUGCAGGGCUGUGAACGAGCUGGGUGAUGCCUCUGCCGAAAUACAGCUGGUGGUUGGACAUGCACCCAGGCUGACGGAUCCUCCCCAGGACGUCACGGCAGAGCUGGGCAAGAGUGUCUUCCUCACCUGCCGGGCCACAGGCCGCCCACCCCCGAUGGUCACCUGGCGUCGUGGAGAUGGCCAGGCCCUGGAGCCUAGGAGGGGCAGCAGGACCGGGCAACGGGAUUCAGGAGUCUUGGUGUUUGAAAGGGUAGGCCUUGAAGACCAAGCCCUGUAUGUGUGUGAAGCUCGCAACGCGUUCGGGAAGGCCCAGGCUGAGGCCCGGCUGGUGGUCACUGGACACGCGCCCCCACAGAUCGCCAGCAGUGCCUCCACCGUUCGUGUCCUGGAGGGACAGCCUGUGUCCCUGACUUGUGUCAUCCUGGCGGGAAGGCCCCUCCCUGAGAGACGGUGGCUCAAGUCUGGCUGGCCUCUCCCUCCAGGCAACCGGCACACUGUCCGCUCUGAUGGCAGCCUCCACCUUGACCGGGCGCUGCAAGAGGAUGCUGGGAGAUACAGCUGUGUGGCCACCAACGUGGCGGGCUCUCAGCACCGAGAUGUGGAGCUCGUGGUCCAGGUGCCACCGAGAAUCCAUACGACUGUCACCCACCACGUCACCAAGGAAGGGGUGCCAGCCUCCCUCCCCUGCAAGGCCUCGGGCGUCCCCGCACCCACCAUCACCUGGACCAAGGAAACCAACACCCUGACUAGCAGGGGUCACUACAACGUGAGCAGGGAUGGUACCCUGGUCAUCGCCCAGCCGUCUCCCCAGGAUGCGGGGGCCUACGUGUGCACAGCCACCAACAGCGUGGGCUUCUCCAGCCAGGAGAUGUGGCUGUCCGUUAAUACCAAACCCAACAUCAAGAGGAAUGACUCCCAGGCUAUGGAUGCCCCUCUGAGAGUCACCGUCAGGGCUGGUGAAGAGGUGACCCUGGACUGUGAGGCCCAAGGCUCCCCGACUCCGCUGGUCACCUGGACCAAGGAUGCCCAUCCUCUGCUGCCUGUCACAAACAGGUAUGACCUCCUCCCAUCAGGCUCCCUGCACCUGGCACAGACCCAGGUGGGUGACAGUGGCCACUACGAAUGUACAGCCAGCAACCCCGCCGGGGCUGCAUCUCGCCACUACAUCCUUGGGGUUCAAGUUCCCCCCCAGGUGCAGGCUGGCCCUCGGGUCCUGAAGGUACUGGCCGGAGAAGCCCUGGAUCUGAACUGUGUGGCCGAGGGCGACCCUGAGCCUCAGUUGAGCUGGUUCAAGGAUGGGAUGGCCCUGAGGGGUGAGGAACCCUCUGGCUCCGUCCACUUUGCUGCUGCCGAGACCUCUGACACUGGGCUGUACCGCUGCGAGGCCUCCAGCAGUGCUGGCACCGACACCUGGGAGCUGGAGCUCCGUGUGCUGGAGCCACCACACUGGGGGCCUGACGAGACUGAGGGCCUGCUGGAGCGAGUGGCUGGAGAGAAUGCCAGUCUGCCGUGCCCUGCCCAAGGGACACCAAAGCCGCAAAUCACAUGGCGGAGGGGUCCAUCGUCAGAGCCCCUGAAUGGCCGGGCAGGCGUGGCGGUGCUGGAUGAGGGGUCGCUGUUCCUGUCCUCAGUGUCACUUGCAGACGGCGGAGAGUAUGAAUGCCAAGCCACCAAUGAGGUGGGCUCUGCAUCCAGGAGAGCCAAGCUGGUGGUCUACGUGCCCCCCAGCAUCCGGGAAGAGGGACGCACGACCAACGUGUCGGGCCUAGCUGGGCAGCCUCUGACGCUGGAGUGUGAUGCCAACGGCUUUCCUGCCCCCGAGGUGGUGUGGCUCAAGGAUGGGAAGCUGAUCCCAGAGGCAGGUGACCAUCGCCUCCUGGAUGACGCCUGGGCCCUCCACUUUCCAAGGAUCCAAGAGAGCGAUUCUGGCCUCUAUUCCUGCCGAGCUGAGAACCAGGCCGGAAGCGCCCAGAGAGACUUCAAUCUUGCCGUGUUCGUCCCUCCCUCCUUGAUGGAAGCUGGGGCCACUCAGGAGAUGCUGGGCCUGGCUGGAGCUGAUGUGAAGUUGGAAUGUCAGACCUCAGGGGUCCCCACACCCCAGGUGGAGUGGACCAAGGAUGGGCACUUCCCUCCCACCAUCCGGGGCUCGAAUGAGACCGGUGAGGUGACUGUCCUGGAGGGCCACACAGCACAGCUGCUGUGUGAGGCCCGAGGAGUGCCAGCCCCUGACAUCGCCUGGUACAAAGAUGGGCGCCUGCUGGCUCCCAGCUCAGAAGUGGUUUUCAACAAGGGCGGCCGGCAGCUACAGCUGGGGAAGGCGCAGCACACCCACGCUGGCCUUUACACCUGCGAGGCCAGCAACGCUGCAGGGGUCGCCAAGAAAUCUACCAGUCUGGAGGUUUAUGUUCCACCCAGCAUCGAGGGCGCCGACGGAGGCCCGUACCUGGUGCAGGCUGUUGCUGGGAGACCCGUGGCACUGGAGUGUGUGGCCAGGGGCCAUCCACCCCCUACCCUCUCCUGGCAGCAUGAAGGGCUGCCAGUGGUGGACAGCAACGGGACGUGGCUGGAGGCAGGAGGCACCCUGCAGCUGGAGAACCCGGGAGAGGCGUCAGGCGGCCUCUACAGCUGCGUGGCCAGCAGCCCCGCUGGAGAGGCCAUACUCCAGUAUUCGGUGGAGGUGCAGGUGCCCCCACAGCUGCUGGUAGCUGAAGGCAUGGGCCAGGUGACUGCCGUCGCAGGACAGUCUCUGGAUCUUCCCUGCCAGGCAACAGGCUCCCCAGUGCCCACCAUCCAGUGGCUGCAGAAUGGCCGCCCAGCGGAGGAGCUGGCUGGAGUGCAGCUGGCCUCCCAAGGGACCAUGCUGCACAUCAGCCACGUGGAGCUGAGCCACGCAGGCCUCUUUGCCUGCCAGGCCACCAACGAGGCAGGCACAGCUGGGGCCGAAGUGGAGGUCUCUGUGCAUGAGCUCCCAUCAGUGCGCAUCAUCGGUGGUGAGAACCUCACAGCCCCUUUCCUGCAGCCUGUAACCCUCCAGUGUGUAGGUACUGGGGUGCCUACCCCAAGCCUUCGCUGGUGGAAAGAUGGCGUGGCCGUGGCAACCUCAGGGGGCAGCCUUCAGAUCGAGAAGGCAGACCUGAGAGAUGAAGGUAUCUACACCUGUGCGGCCACCAGCCUGGCAGGGGAGAGCAAGAAGAACAUAACACUAAAGGUUCUGGUUCCCCCUAACAUUGAGCCAGGCCCAGUCAACAAGGCCGUUCUGGAGAAUGCCUCCGUGACCUUGGAGUGUCUGGCUUCAGGUGUGCCCCCUCCAGAUGUCUCCUGGUUCAAGGGCCACCAGCCUAUCUCUACCCAGAGAGGGAUGAUAGUAUCAGCUGACGGAAGAGUUCUUCACAUUGAGCGAGCCCAGCUUUCUGAUGCAGGGAGCUACCACUGUGUGGCGACCAACGUGGCAGGCAGUGCGGGGCUGCAGUAUGGCUUACGGGUCAAUGUGCCACCCCGAAUCACCCUGCCACCCAGCCUGCCGGGCCCUGUACUCCUUGGCACACCCUUCCGCCUGACCUGUAACGCCACUGGCACCCCCAACCCUACACUGAUAUGGCUGAAGGAUGGAAACCCUGUAUCCCCUGAAGGGACCCCUGGCCUCAAGAUCUUCCCCGGAGGCCAAGUCCUCACCGUGGCCAGUGCCCGUGCUCCCGACGCAGGCAGCUACUCCUGUGUGGCAGUGAGUGCUGUGGGUGAGGACCGCCGGGACAUUGUCCUGCAAGUUCACAUGCCCCCCAGCAUCCUCGGAGAAGAGCUGAACAUGUCUGUCGUGGUCAAUGAGUCGGUGGCACUGGAGUGCCAGAGUCACGCUGUGCCGCCCCCUGUGCUGAGAUGGCGGAAGGACGGGAGACCCCUGGAGCCUCACCCUGGCAUCCGCCUCUCUGCAGACCAGGCCUUACUGGAGGUGGACCGAGUGGAAGUGUGGGAUGCAGGCCGCUACACCUGUGAGGCUGUUAACCAGGCGGGCCGCUCUGAGAAGCACUUCAACCUGAACGUCUGGGUCCCUCCAGCAUUCCCCUCAAAGGAGCCCUACACUCUGACCGUGCGUGAGGGGCAGACCGCCAGACUGUCGUGCGACUGCCAGGGAAUUCCCUUCCCCAAAAUCUCAUGGAGGAAAGAUGGUCAGCCCCUGCCUGGGGAGGGGGAUGGCCUGGAACAGGUGCUGGCAGUCGGGAGGCUGCUGUACCUGGGACAGGCCCAGUCGGCCCAGGAGGGGACGUACACCUGUGAAUGCAGCAACGCAGCUGGGAGCAGCAGCCAGGAGCAGCAGCUGGAGGUUCUGGUUCCACCUCAGAUCACUGGCCUUCGGGAGCCCCUCAUGACCAUCUCCAUGGUCCAGGAUGGAAAUACCACCCUGGACUGUAAUGCCACAGGGAAGCCCCCGCCAGUGGUGAUGUGGGAGAAGGAUGGUCAGCCUGUCAGUGUGGAACCUGGCUUGUGGCUUCAGAAUCAGAACCACAGCCUACACAUGGAACAGGCGAGGGCCUCACAUGCUGGCGUCUACAGCUGCGUGGCUGAGAAUACAGCUGGGCGCGCCGAGAGGAGGUUCGCGCUGUCAGUGCUGGUGCCUCCUCAAUUCACUGAAGACUCAGACUCAUUGACCAAUGUCACUGCUGCCUUGCGUGGUCCUUUGACACUGCUCUGUGAAGCCACAGGGAUUCCUCCCCCAACUGUCCAGUGGUUUCGAGAGGGACAGCCAAUCAGCCCCAGAGAGGACACCUACCUCUUGGCAGGUGGCUGGAUGCUCAAGAUGACCCCAGCCCGGGAGCAGGACAGAGGCCUCUAUUCGUGCCUGGCCAGCAAUGAGGCCGGGGAGGCGCGGAGGGACUUCAGCGUGGAGGUCCUGGUUCCUCCCAGUAUUGAAAAUGAAGACUUGGAGGAAGUGAUCAAGGUGCCCGAGGGACAGACUGCCCAGCUCGUGUGUAAUGCCACAGGCCACCCACUGCCCAAGGUCACGUGGUUCAAGGAUGGCCAGUCCCUGGCUGUUGAAUACCCCUAUGAGAUGUCCCCAGAUGGGGCCUUCCUGUGGAUCCCCCAGGCCAAUCUGUCCAAUGCCGGCCACUACUCCUGCAUAGCUACCAAUUCCGUCGGGGAGAAGACCAAACACACACAGCUCAGCGUCCUGGUGCUUCCCACCAUUCUGGGAGAGCCUGAGAACAACGCCAACGAGGAAGUGACCGUGACCAUCAACAAUCCAAUUUCCUUGAUCUGCGAGGCACUGGCCUUUCCAUCCCCCAAUAUCACCUGGAUGAAAGAUGGGGCACCCUUCGAGGCCUCUAAGAACAUUCAGCUCCUCCCAGGAACCCACGGACUACAGAUCCUGAACGCCCAGAAGGAAGACGCCGGCCAGUACACCUGCAUAGUCACCAAUGAGUUGGGGGAGGCCACAAAGAACUACCACGUGGAAGUCCUCAUUCCCCCCUCCAUCUCCAAAGAUGACCCUCUAGGAGAGGUGAGUGUGAAGGAAGUGAAAACCAAGGUCAACAGCACCCUGACGCUGGAGUGUGAAUGCUGGGCCGUGCCCCCGCCCUCCAUCAGCUGGUACAAGGACGGAAGGCCUGUGACCCCCAGCCAGCGGCUCAGCGUCCUGGGGGAGGGGCGGCUGCUCCAGAUCCGACCCACACAAGUCUCUGACUCUGGCCGAUACCUGUGUGUGGCCACCAAUGUGGCUGGCGAGGAUGAUCAGGACUUCAAUGUUCUCAUCCAAGUGCCCCCGAUGUUCCAGAGAGUGGGCGAUGUUGAGGCAGGCUUGGAGCUCCUGCCCCAGGAGGAGGAGCAGGAGGAGGCCCAGGGCAGAGUGACAGAAUACCGGGAGAUUGUGGAGAACAACCCGGCCUACCUGUACUGUGACACCAACGCUGUUCCACCGCCAGAGCUCACCUGGUACAGGGAGGGUCAGCCUCUGUCAGCUGCUGAUAGGGUCUCCUUGCUGCAAGGAGGCCGAAUCCUGCAGCUGCCCCAGGUGCAGGCAGGGGAUGCAGGGAGGUACUCCUGCAGGGCUUCCAAUGAGGUGGGCGAGGACUGGCUGCACUACGAACUGCUGGUGCUGACACCACCAGUGAUCCUGGGAGACACACAGGAGCUGGUGGAGGAGGUGACUGUGAAUGCCAGCAGCGCCGUCAGCCUGUACUGCCCAGCCCUGGGGAACCCAGAACCCACUCUUUCAUGGCUCCAGAAUGGGCUGCCUGUGUCCCCCAGCCCACGGCUGCAGGUCCUGGAGGAGGGACGAGUCUUGCAGGUUUCCACCACGGAGGUGGCUGAUACUGCCAGCUACAUGUGUGUGGCAGAGAACCAGGCAGGCUCUGCAGAGAAACUCUUCACCCUCAGGGUCCAAGUACCCCCCCAAAUCUCGGGCUGGAACGCCAGCCAGGUGAGCACCACCCUCAACAGCAGCGUCAGCCUCCCCUGCGAAGUUCACGCUCACCCGAGCCCCGAAGUCACAUGGUACAAGGAUGGCCGGCCUCUCUCCCUGGGACACGAGGUUUUCCUCCUUCCUGGGACGCACACGCUGCGGCUGGCGCGGGCGCAGCCAGCCGACUCCGGGACAUACCUGUGUGAGGCCCUCAACGCCGCAGGCCGAGACCAGAAGGUGGUCCAGCUCAGUGUCCUGGUUCCCCCCAGCUUUAAACAGGCUCCUGGAGGCCCCCAGGAGACCAUCCAGGUCAGAGCAGGGAACAAAGCCGUCCUGAGCUGUGAGACAGACUCACUCCCAGAGCCCUCUGUGACCUGGUUCAAGGACCAGCAACCCCUUGCCCUGGGGCAGCGAAUUCAGGGUCUACUAGGUGGACAAAAACUGGAAAUCCUGGACUCACAGGCAUCAGAUAAGGGAGUGUACGGCUGCAGAGUCAGCAACACAGCUGGAGAGGCCACCAGGACCUUUGUCCUUGCCAUCCAAGUACCCCCCACAUUUGAGAAACCUGAGACGGAGGCAGUAAGCCAGGUUGCUGGGCACACCCUGGUCCUAGCCUGUGAUGUGUCCGGGAUCCCAGCUCCCACCGUUACUUGGCUAAAGGACAGAAUGCCCGUGGAGAGCAGCGUGGUGCAUGGCAUGGUCUCCCGAGGUGGCCGCCUCCAGCUGAGUCACCUGCAGCCAGCCCAGGCUGGUACCUACACUUGUGUGGCAGAGAACGCCCAGGCCGAGGCCCGCAAAGACUUCGUGGUGUCUGUACUAGUGCCUCCCCAGAUUCAGAACUCAGGCAUGGCACAAGAAUACAAUGUGUUGGAGAGCCAGGAGAUACGGUUGGACUGUGAGGCUGAAGGCCAGCCACCGCCAGAAAUAGCUUGGCUGAAGGACGGUGGCCCGUUGGACCAGCAUGUGGGGCCUCACCUCCGGUUCUAUCUGGAUGGCAGCUCCCUGGUGCUGAAGGGCCUGAGAGCGGCAGACUCGGGUGCCUAUACCUGUGUGGCCCACAACCCGGCUGGGGAGGAUGCCAGGCUGCACACAGUGAAUGUGCUGGUUCCUCCCACCAUCCAGCAACGGGAUGGUGACACGGGGACCCUGGUGAGCAAGACUGGAGAGCUGGUGACUAUGAUGUGCCCCGUCCGAGGAUCCCCGCCCAUUCAUGUGAGCUGGCUCAAGGAUGGCCUGCCCCUUCCACUCUCCCAGCGCACCUUCCUUCACAGUUCCGGCCGCACCCUCAGAAUUUCUCAGGUGCAGCUGGCGGAUUCAGGCAUCUUCACCUGUGUGGCUGCAAGCCCAGCUGGUGUGGCUGAAAGGAACUUCACCUUGCUGGUCCUCGUACCCCCCGUCCUGGAGCCGGUGGAGUUUCAGAACGACGUGAUGGCCGCCCAAGGCUCCGAAGUGGUCCUUCCGUGUGAGGCCCGGGGAAGCCCCCUGCCCCUCGUGUCGUGGAUGAAAGAUGGGGAACCCUUUUUGCCCCAGAGCCUUGAGCAGGGGCCUGGCCUGAAGCUGGAAGCCGUGAGCAUUGGUGACUCGGGGACCUACGCCUGCAUGGCAGCAAGCGAGGCAGGGGAGGCCAGGAGGCGCUUCCGGCUGACGGUGAUGGAUCCCCCCCACAUUGAGGAAUCUGGCCAGACUUCAGAGCUGUCACUGACACCUGGUGCCCACCUGGAACUCCUGUGCGAGGCCCGAGGCAUCCCUCCACCCAACAUCACUUGGCAUAAAGACGGGCAGGCCCUGAGCAGGGUGGAAAAUGACAGCCGGGCUGGCCGGGUGCUCCGGGUACAGAAUGUGAAGGUGGACGACGCUGGGCUGUAUACCUGCCUGGCUGAGAGCCCUGCAGGUGAAGUCGAGAAGAGCUUCCGGGUCAGGGUUCAAGCCCCUCCAAAUGUUGUUGGGCCCCGGGGUCCCCGCUCUGUGGUUGGCCUGGCUCCAGGGCAGCUGAUCCUGGAAUGCUCGGUGGAGGCAGAGCCAACACCAGAGAUUGAGUGGCACCGUGGUGGUGUCCUGCUUCAGGCAGAUGCCCACACUCAGUUUCCAGAGCAGGGCAGGUUCCUCAAGCUGCAGGCACUGAGCACGGCCGAUGGCGGAGACUACAGCUGUACGGCCCGCAACGCCGCGGGCAGCACCAGCGUGGCUUUCCGAGUGGACAUCCACACGGCGCCCACCAUCCAGCCAGGACCGAACGCUGUGAACGUCUCAGUGAACCGCACAGCCCUGCUGCCCUGCCAGGCCCACGGUGUGCCCACGCCCCUCGUGAGCUGGCGGAAGGAUGGGAUCCCCCUGGAUCCUGAGAGCCCCAGGCUAGAGUUUCUGCCCGGGGGCUCGCUGCGGAUCCAUCCAGUCCAGGCACGAGAUGCUGGGCACUACUUCUGCCUGGCAUCCAACUCUGCUGGCUCUGACCGGCAGGGCCUAGACCUCAGAGUCCUUGAGCCCCCAGCCAUUGCCCCCGGCCCCUCCAACCUGACCCUGACCGCCCACAGCCCAGCCUCGCUGCCCUGUGAGGCCACGGGCUCUCCCAAGCCCCUUGUGACCUGGUGGAAGGAUGGGCAGAAGCUGGACUUCCGUCUGCAGCAAGGCGCCUACCGGCUCCUGCCUUCCAAUGCCCUGCUCCUCACAGCCCCCAGCCCUCAGGACUCCGCCCAGUUUGAGUGUGUGGUGAGCAAUGAGGUGGGCGAGUCCCGCAGGCGCUACCAGGUGACGGUCCACGCACCUCCCACUAUUGCGGAUGACCAGACAGAUUUCACAGUGACCAGGAUGGCACCCGUGGUCCUCACGUGCCACAGCACAGGGUCACCAGUCCCGGCCGUGUCCUGGAGCAAGGCAGGCGCCCAGCUGGGCGCUCGGGGCAGUGGCUAUCGAGUCUUGCCCUCAGGAGCCCUGGAGAUUGAGCAGGCCCUUCCUAUCCAUGCUGGCCGGUAUACCUGCACAGCUCGCAACUCGGCAGGGGUGGCCCGCAAGCACAUGGCUCUCACGGUGCAAGCUUCCCCUGUGGUGAAGCCACUGCCCGGCGUGGUUCAAGUUGUGGCAUCAGAGGAGGUCCUACUGCCCUGUGAGGCCUCUGGCACCCCCCAGCCAACAGUCGUCUGGCAGAAGGAGGGGCUCAGCAUCUCUGAAGGAGCACGCACACAGGUCCUCCCCAGCGGCCAGCUGUGGAUCAUGCACGCCAGCCCAGAGGAUGCCGGGAACUACUUCUGCAUCGCACAGAACAGCGUGGGCAGUGCCAUGGCAAAGACCAGACUGGUGGUGCAAGUCCCGCCUGUCAUUGAGAAUGGCCUCCCAGAUUUGUCCGCCAUUGAGGGCUCCCACGCCCUCCUGCCCUGCACAGCCAAGGGCAGCCCUGAGCCAGCCAUCACCUGGGAAAAGGAUGGCCAACUGGUGUCUGGAGCUGAGGGCAAGUUCACCCUGCAGCCUUCCGGAGAGCUCCUGGUGAAGAACUCUGAGGGCCAGGAUGCAGGAACGUACACCUGCACCGCAGAGAAUGCCGUGGGCCGUGCCCGCCGCCGUGUGCACCUCACCAUCCUGACACUGCCUGUCCUCACCACCUUGCCUGGGGACCGCAGCCUGCGCCUUGGGGACAGGCUAUGGCUUCGCUGUGUGGCUCGGGGCAGCCCAACGCCCCGAAUUGGCUGGACCAUCAAUGACCAGCCUGUCACAGAGGGGGUGUCUGAGCAGGAUGGAGGCAGCACACUGCAGCGGGCAGCUGUCACCAGAGAGGACAGCGGGACGUACGCGUGCUGGGCUGAGAACAGAGUCGGCCGUGUGCAGGCCGUCAGCUUCGUCCACGUGAAGGAGGCUCCAGUCCUGCAAGGGGAAGCUGUCUCCUACCUGGUAGAACCUGUAGGGGGCAGCAUCCAGCUACACUGUGUGGUUCGUGGAGACCCAGCUCCAGACAUCCACUGGACCAAAGACGGCCUUCCAUUGCCCAUCAGCAGCCUCUAUCUCCAGCUUCGGAACGGCUCCCUGACCAUCCUCAGGACCAAGAUGGACGAUGCCGGACAGUACCAGUGCCUGGCCACCAACGAGAUGGGCACUGUGAAGAAAGUGGUGAUCCUGGUGCUUCAGAGUGCCCCAGUGUUCCAGGUGGAGCCCCGGGACCUGACAGUGAGGUCCGGAGUGGAUGUGGAGCUGUGGUGCCAGGCCACCGGAGAGCCUGUGCCCACAGUCGAGUGGCUACGGGCAGGCCGGCCACUGCAGGCUGGCCGGAGGCUCCGGACCCUGGCGGAUGGGAGCCUGUGGCUGGAGCAUGUGGAAGCUGGAGAUGCUGGGGUGUACGAGUGUGUCGCCCACAACCUUCUGGGCUCUGCCACAGCCAGGGCGCUGCUGGCCGUGAGAGGGGAGCCCCGAGGCAGCCAGGGCAGCAUGAUGGGGGUCAUCAAUGGCCAGGAAUUUGGUGUGGCUACUCUCAACAUCAGUGUGCAACAGGAGGGCAGUUCUGAGCUUCCCACCAUCUGGAGCAGCAUCAGUCACGUCCCAGCAAGCGUGGGGCCUCUGAUGCGGGUGCUGGUGGUCACUAUUGCCCCCAUCUACUGGGCGCUGGCUAGAGAGACCGGAGAGGCCUUAAAUGGCUACUCUCUGACGGGCGGCAGCUUCCAGCAGGAGUCGCACCUGGAAUUUUCCACAGGGGAGCUGCUCACCAUGACCCAGGUGGCUCGGGGCCUGGGUCCUGAUGGACUCCUGCUCCUGGACGUGAAGGUCAACGGCAUGAUCCCAGAGAGCCUGGCCGGCGCAGAUCUGCAAGUGCAGGACUUCCAGGAGCACUACGUGCAGACGGGACCCGGCCGGCUGUUCGUGGGCUCCACGCAGCGCUUCCUCCAUGACAGCCUCCCGGCCUCUCUGCGCUGCAAUCACAGCAUCCAGUAUGAUGAGGCCCGGGGCCCCCAGCCCCAGCUGGUGCAGCACCUUCGGGCCUCAUCUAUCAGCUCAGCCUUUGACCCUGAGGCAGAGGCCCUGCGCUUCCAGCUCACCACAGCCCUGCAAGCUGAAGAAAAUGAGGUUGGCUGUCCCGAGGGCUUUGAGCUGGCCGCCCAGGGAGCAUUUUGCGUGGACAAGGACGAGUGCUCCAGCGGCCCCAGCCCCUGCUCGCACACCUGCCACAAUGCUCCUGGCCGUUUCUCCUGCUCCUGCCCUGCUGGCUUCACCCUAGCCUGGGACCACAGGAACUGUAGAGAUGUGGAUGAGUGUGUGGGAGACGCCCGCCUCUGCCAGGAGGGGCAGCGCUGUGUGAACCUGCUGGGGUCCUAUAACUGCAUCCCUCACUGUAGGCCUGGCUUCCGGGUAACUGCUGACGGAAACGGCUGUGAAGAUGUGGACGAAUGUCUGGAGCAGCUGGAUGGGUGUCACUACAAUCAACUCUGUGAGAACACUCCCGGUGGCCACCACUGUGCCUGCCCCAGGGGGUACCGCCAGCAAGGCCGUGGCCUGCCUUGCCUAGACAUCAAUGAGUGCCUACAGCCGCCUACACCCUGUGUCCACCAGUGUCAUAACCUCCAGGGUAGUUACCGAUGCCUGUGCCCGCCAGGCCAGACCCUCCUACGGGAUGGCAGGACCUGCAGCCCCCUGGAACGGAGCAGUCAAAACAUUACCACCGUCAGCCACAGGAGUCCAUUUGCGCCCUGGCUGCGGUCUCGGAUACCCAGGCCCAACGGCUCCUACCGUGCCUGGGUCUCCCUCCGGCCUGGUUCUGGAGCUCUGAGUAGUGUGGGUCGGGCUUGGUGCCCACCUGGCUUCAUAAGGCAGGAUGGCGUGUGUGCGGACCUUGAUGAGUGCCGAGUGAGGAGCCUGUGCCAGCAUGCCUGCCGAAACACAGAGGGUAGCUACUAUUGCCUCUGCCCCUCUGGCUACCGCCUCCUACCCAGUGGGAAGAACUGCCAGGACAUCAACGAGUGUGAGGAAGAUGGCAUCGAGUGUGGGCCUGGCCAGAUGUGCUUCAACACCCGAGGCAGCUUCCAGUGUGUAGACACGCCCUGUCCCGCCACCUACCGGCAGGGCUCUAGCCCUGGGACCUGCUUCCGCCGCUGCUCCCAGGACUGCAGCGCCAGCGGCCCGUCCACACUGCAGUACCGCCUGCUACCGCUGCCCCUCGGCGUGCGCGCCCACCACGACGUAGCCCGCCUGGCCGCCUUCUCCGAGGCUGGCGUCCCCGCCAACCGCACGGAGCUCACCGUGCUGGAGCCCGACCCGCGCAGCCCCUUCGCUCUGCGCCAGCUGCGCGCUGGACAGGGCGCGGUCUACACCCGCCGGGCGCUCACGCGCGCCGGCCUCUACCGCCUAGCGGUGCGCGCCGCAGCACCCCGCCACCAGAGCGUCUACGUCCUGCUCAUCGCCGUGUCGCCCUACCCCUAUUGAGGGGAGCGAGGCCACUGUGACCUUGCCCGUGACACCUGCGGUGACAAGAGGAACAUCCUCUUCUCCCCGCCCCCCUUGCGUCAGCCAGGAUCUUUGGUAAACACUGCUGUGCGCAGGGCCUUGACCCCAGGGCAGGGACGGCUGCCCCUUGAUGGCAAAGCCGUCAGGGGCAGGCCUGAAUCCUGUCCUUCAGAUCUCAAUGGCUACUGGGUAAGGCCUCAGGGGGCCUAAGAAAGACAGACCCAGUAGGGGUGGCAGCGGCUGGCACUGUCCUGAC